UGAUUUGGGCUGCGUUUGAACGAAUGGGGUGAAUGGGGCUGUGGACGAGAGGCGGACCGACCGGAUAUUAUCGACCGCGGACUACGAGCUCCGAGAGCGAAUGAAUCGAUGGAGCAUGAAUCGAAGCUCGAAGGAGAUACUGGGUUCCGGAGCUCCCUCCGUCCGACCGUCGUGGAUCUGUACCGAGCAGAUAACUGUGUGUCUGCUCGUCUGAGAUUGUGAAGAAAAAUUUGUAGUCAGUAUCGAGCGACGUGGUUGCCGGUUGUUGUCCCAGGUGUAGAAAUCAUCCAUCGGAAGACCGGAUGAGCUCUGAGGGACCUGUAGCUGUGGAGUGAGUCGAAUCUCUUGCUCCGAGCCAGCAGCCAUGGCUGCUGCUGCUCCUGCUUCUGUGAAUCUCCUGCGGUUUGCAAGCGGAUGUUUACCUCCGCAGCCAAUGUCGGGCCUUGGUUACUUGGUUGGUGUUCCUCUGAAUUCCGAGAAAAAUCGUGGCCGAAGAAGAGCAUAUGGCAUACGACGCGUAGGAGUAGAUUUCUUCAUGUCUGGAGGGGUAAGAAUUUCUGAGCUGAGCAGGAGUUCUUUUGCGAUACAGUGUGGGAGCUCCAAGCGCUUCAAUUCUCGCAGAUUAUGGUCUGACGGACUUGGCCAUUUCGAGAGAGGAAGGAAUUGUCGUACACCUCGAGCAGCGGUAGCUACGGGAGGAGCUGGGGAUUGGGAAUCGAGCCGUAGGUGGGAAGAUGGUGUGCAAAAUCGGACGGAUUUUUGGACGGCCUGGGAUCUUAAGCCCACGAGCAGUGGAGAACGACUGGCUUUUUUGGGGAUCCUGGCACUCACAGGACUGGCGGCGAUCCGAGUCCUGAGAGGUUCUUCUCUCUUCUCUGUAGGUGCGAUCGUCCUGUUCCUCUGUCUCGGUGGAUUCCACCAAAGAUUAAAACCCAUAAUUUUCAUCUUGAGCGAGAAGCUGCAAUUUCUCCAGGGAAGUUUUAUAAGGACUGCCCGUCUUAAGCCCAUCAGCUUCAAGGAUCAAGCACUGAGGACGACACCAGCGAAUGGAUUGUAUAACUUGUCUAGCAGUUGGCCUACCUCUCAAACCUCUGGAACAGCCAACGGGACCGUCGAAGCUGGUCCAUCGAUAAACGUCAAGGAUGCUGCUGAGUGUGUAAACCACCUGACGAGCAUUAUUGACAAUCUAGGCAGCGAGAUGGCUGCUGUAGAUUUGCAAUCUGUGAAUGAUAUGAUGAAGCUACAAUUGGGCUUCAGUGAGCUUCGCGAGGAUUUGUAUAGAGCCGCAUCCGUGCUGCACGCCAAAGAAAGUUUUCUACAGUCCAAGCUGCAGCGUGCUGCAGUGCUGGACACAGUGCCCGUCGAAGAGCGUACAAGAGGUGAUGGCAUGGCUUUUCAGAUGCCUCUAGACAAGGUCGAAGUGAACUUUGAGAGGUGCUUUGAGGAGAAUUCACAGUAUGAAGAUAAAUCAUCGCUCCUAAAUUGGAGCGAAUCAAAACGAGUCGACCUGGGUUCACAAGAAGAGGGAAGGAAUGUUGUGAGCAUGAAUCCCUCAUACUCAAGUGACCUUCUGCGGGAACCACUGGAGCGUUCUAACGAAGGCGCUGCACUCAAGGAAGGUGUCCAAGGCGCUGGCACUUAUCAAGUCAUCACUACAGAUUACGAACUGGAAACUGUGGCGGAGUUCACCCCCGUGGCCCCUAUAUCACUUGCUUCAGCAAGUGGCAUCGAGAGCCAAGUGACAACUCGAGAAGGUGAUGGCGACAUUGGGAGAUUCAGGGCUGGACAAGCCAAUUUGCUGGAUAGUAGUCAUUCACAAGAACAGGUGAACAGCAUGAAGCUGGUCUCUGAUAGCGCAGAUGAAUCUGCAACAGAUAUUGCAGGGCUGAAAACUGCUGUACUGCCAACGGAACAAGAAACAAUCAGAGAGGUUUUUCCCUCUCUUGAGCUAGAAGCUCUCAUUCCUGUUAACAGUAUCGAGGUCGAGGAGCCUACUCCUAUGAACGAUUUCAGCAAAGGGGGCCAGCUCAUGAAUAUGAUCGUCAUGGAGAAGGCAUCACCUGAUCCAUGGCGUGAUGAUUAUAAUCCGGGUUCAGAAUAUGUCACCAUCGAUGAGAAUGAACUUCUCCCAUGGGAGACUGUAGUCACACAGCACACACCUGCAGGCGCUUCCAGCAGAAGGUGGGGGGAGGAUGACAGGGAUGUUGCUCUCUAUGUAAGCUCGGCAGGAAGAGGGAAUCCAAAGCUCAGUGUGGACCUUUGGGGCAACAAUAGUCCAAAGGCAGGUAGGACUCAGCGGGGUACGCUGACCCAGAUGAACUCCACUCGUAGAGGCAGUGUGGGAUCGGUAGAUAACGUGGACAAUGAGUUGCCUCGAAGACGAGGAGGUGUUUGGAAGGAUGAGCAGUUGAGCCAAGGACAGGUGCGAAGGAAAGACCCAGCAGAGAGAUCUGGGCAGGCAAUCAUGUCUGGUAAGCAGUAUGUGCCAGAAGAACGAGAAGAGUGGGAUUACAACUCUGUGAUAGAUGAACCUACAUCAAGCAAACGAUCGUUUGGAGGAGCACGGAUGUACGAAGAAGAUGAGAGAGAUAUUAACAUGAGGAAUGUUCCUGCCGGUGAGUACAGCGGAAGGGGUUCAUAUCCAAGAAAAAACUUCGGGGAAGCAGGCGAUGACGAGAGUUUCAGUAGCCCAGAUGGCAGAUACGGUUCUCAGGAGACAAGCAGAUCCAAGGUGCCCAACAGCAAACGAAGCGGUAGACGGAUAAUAUAUGAAGAAGAAGAAGAGGAAAUUCUCGACGAGAGGAAUGCCACAGACUUAGAACAGUAUUCUGGCAGUGACAGGAGGGGCUCACUGUAUGAUGAGGAAGGUGCGUCCCAGAGUGGCAGGGACCUGAAUGGGAAUUAUGAUUCCUUCAACAGGACGAGUUCAAGCUCCAGAGUCCCUGUUAACUCUCGAAGCACGAAACAGAUAGUUGAGGAAGAAGAUGACUAUGAAGACGAAGAAACUCGAUACCUGAAGGAGGCCAGAAGCAUGGAAGAGGAAGAAACUCAGUAUGGCACUGGAAGAAAGAGUUGGGCAGGGCCCCAAAGUUCAGGAAGGGAGGUGCAAAGAGGUUCAACUUACGGUUCAGAAUCGACGCUAAGAAAUUCUGAUUCACCUGCAUAUGGUGAGAGUGAGGUUGAGCCUGCACAAAGGAACUUGCCUGUAAGACAGCCCAACCGCAUGCAACUGGAGAAGUUUGACAGGCUGCUUGAUGAGGGAGAGGCUUUGCUGGAGGAAGGGAUGCAAGGGCUAGAAGGACGAAUUGAGGUUGGUGUCGCAGAGCGUAUGUUGUAUGAAGCUGCGAAUUUGUUUGAAGAAGCCGUUGAAAUCAAUCCUUCCAGCCUAAUUGCAAUGGGAUAUUGGGGCAACACACUGUUGGUGCAUGGAGAGCUGAAGCUUAAACUUAGCCAGCAGUUGAGGAGUAUGAUUCCGUCUUCGAACUCAUCCUACUCCAUGACGAGAGCUAGGGCGGGGCGGGACGAGCAACGAGAGUCACUGGAGUUGACUUUGCAGAACGUUUGUGAAGAAUGUGAAGAACUCCUGGUGGAUGCUGGCAGAAAGUACAGGACGGCCCUAACUCUAGAUCGGGCAGAUAUGAGAGCACUUUAUAACUGGGGUCUAGCCCUGUGCUAUCGUGGUCAGCUGAUUGCCGACGAGGGUGGAGAGAGGGCGAUCCAAGAUGCUGACAAAGUGUAUCUGGCGGCAAUAGACAAGUUUGAAGCGAUGCUGGGACUCAGUCAGGAGUAUGCUGGUGGUGCUCUUUACAAUUGGGGAUUGGCCAUGAAAGAUCGCUCAAGACUUCGACCAAUGGGUGAUAGAGAGAGAGUCAAACUUUUGCUUCAAGCCAAGGAACUUUUCCAGGAUGCAGUGCGUUUGGAUCCAAACAACGGCCAAGCUAGAGGUGCAGUGGCAGCUGUUGUGGCCGAGUUUCAAGAAUUACAGAGGUUUGAAGAGAUGCAAUUUGAGGAAGAAGAGAGCGACGAAAGGCCCUCCAGAAGCUGGUGGCAAUGAGUAACUUUAUCUGAUCUGUUCAUAUUCAUAACAACUGUAUCAUAGUGGUGCGCCUUCUGUUAUGUCUUGUCAGGGAGAUUCUGUCACUCUUUAGUGGUAGGCAAUGCACAAGGUGAUAAGGCUCCGUGUGUUGGGUUUCUAGAAUCAAGCUGAGCAAGAAAUUGUACAUGUAAUCAAAGGGCCAGAGUGUAUUUAAAUCGAACCCUAUGCCUCAUUAAGCUGUAAUUCUAACGACGACGAAUUUGGCCAGAAAUUGGACUUCUAUAGACAUCAGAACUCCUAAAGAAUGGAAUUUAACUGUCUUCUGAAGGAAUGUUGGACGAC